AUGUCAGCUACUCUAGUCAGAGCCAAAUAUGGAAAGGACUUGGUCAAGGUCGUCAAAGUCUCGAAAAUUGCAACUGACCCAGCUGCACCACAUCUUCGCAAGACUGCUAUUGUCGAAAUGACAUGUCGCGUCUUGCUGAAUGGUCCAAAACUGGAGUCAUCGUACACACAAGCUGAUAACUCUUUGGUUGUUCCAACUGACACCGGCAAGCGAUUAAACUUGUAUUUUAUCAAAAACACAUGCUACGUAUUGGCAAAACGCAACCCAGGAACCUUGGAAUCCUCCGAACUCUUUGCCCAUCAAAUCAUCCACCACUUUUUAUCAAAAUACUCUCACUUGGAAGGCGUAGAAGUCAUUAUCAAAUCCCACAACUGGACUCGUGUACAAGUCACCACUCUGGAACCAGUCAAUCAGGCAGGAACUACGGGAACAGGUGUUGGAAAGGAUGGAUCCAUCCCAGCUCAGAAGUACGAGCACCCACACUCAUACUUCCGUGCCGGUGACGAGAAACGUACUGUACAUAUGGUAGCUAGCCGUGCUGCAGGUGGCAACGUCACGUAUACUACCGUAUCGGGAUUGGUCGAUCUCCUCAUCUUGAAAACUACUGGAUCGUCAUUCGAGGGAUACCAUCUAGAUGAAUUGACUACCCUCCAACCAGCAGCAGACCGAUUAUUCUCAACCAAUGUCGACGUAUCUUGGAACUUUGCUUCUGUUACUGAACCACUCAACACGACUACCAGCAAAUUCGUCAAACUGCCAUUUGAUAAGAUAUUUAAUGGGGUACGACAGAUCUUGAUUGACUUGUUUGCCAAUCAUGAUUCUCCGUCUGUACAAAACACCUUGUGGCGUAUCUGUGCUGAUGUCAUCGCCAAGUUUGCUGAGGUCGAGGAAGUCUCAAUGGCGUUGCCUAAUAAGCAUUAUAUUGGUUAUGACUUGGGACGAUUUGGAUUGAAGAAUACUGGGGCUGAUCAGCAAAUCUUCUUCCCUCAAGCUGAUCCAAGUGGUUACAUCACCGCCACUGUUGGUCGCAAGGGCUCUGCUCGUUUGUAA